AUGCACACGCCAAGGGGCUCUCUGAUCCCUCGAGAAGUGGAGACUCCGAAGGAGUUGCAACUGCGGGUGACUCCGGGGGAGGUGAAGUUUCAGGACACGAUGGCGGGGAAGGUGUACCGCCAAUCAAUUACUGUCCACAAUGUGGGCCGCAGCAACCAGAAGAUCCGGUUUCUGGAGCCAGCCAAGCCACAGUUCAAACUGGUUUUGCCAAGUAUGGAUAAAGAAAUUGCUUCUGGACUUCAGAUGACAGCUGUGGUGGAAUAUCAUCCUAAUAAAAAUGAAGAUAUUUCUGACCAACUAUUUAUUGCAGUAGGAAACAAAGCAAUAGAGGUCCCUCUUAUUGGGUUGAUUCCAGCCUGUCAAUUGGAAAUGAAGCCAGAUAUUGAUUUUGGCACUUUGGUUGCCAAUAGUAAAGUGUAUAGUAAAGAGGUUAAAAUAAUUAACCGUGGCAAGGCUCCAGGUAUGUUUACAACAAAAUACCAGGGCCAAUUACCCAUUGUAGUUUCUCCAAGUGAUGGUAUUGUGGAGCCCAAGUCCUCAAAGAUUAUUAAAGUGGAUUUCUGUGCAGACCAGCCCAGCCUUGUAAAUGAAGUGGCAAUAGUGAGUUUGCAAGGUCGUCCAGAUGUACUCUUAUAUAUCAGAGUUCGUGUGGUUGAGCAGAUUCUUGAAUUGUUAAACACGAAUGGUAAUCAAAAGCUGGAAUGCAUACACUUUGGUUGUACUUUCUUUGGAACAUCGAAGAUUGAACAUGCAGUUCUAUUCAAUAAUAGCCCAGAACUUAUAAAUUGGGUGGCAAUAAUACAAAAUGAUUCAGUUGGAGAAGAAUUGGGUACAAAUAUGCAACAAAGAACAGAUGUUGCUAUAAAUAAUCUCGCCUUCAUAAGACAAAUAAAGAAUUUGGAUAUUACCACCUUUAUCUCCUGUGUUCCUAAUGAAGGGAGAUUACCACCUUAUCAAAAAACUAAAAUUACACUUUGUUUCAGCCCAAAGGUAAUUACUGAAGGAAAAAAGGAUUAUGACCCUUCACACAGGCAAGACUAUGCUGUUUUUUUGAGAUUUGACUCUGUAGGAAGUAAGGAUGGGUUUUUGAGAGAUGAUAACUCUAAAACCAUCAAAAAUGAUCAAUUUCAGAAACUGGAAUUAGCACUAACAGGUUCAGGACUUCCUGUUAUAAUGCAAUUUAAUUCAGGAAGCUUUCUUACUUUCCCAACUUGUUCCUUUGGUGAAUAUUCAACGAUUUCAUUUAUUAUGAAAAAUCGAUCCAAAACACUUCCUGUGAUGUACCACUUUAGAAAAACCGCAAAUUUUAGAGUUAAACCUGAAAGGGACAAUAUUGAUGCAGGAUGUAUUCAGGAAGUGACAUGUUCAUUCAUGCCACAUCAAGUUGGAGCCUUUACAGUGAAGCAGUACAUAGACUUUAUUGGCCCAGUGGCAGAUAAAAAUUUUCAGUCUUUAUUGCUGAGACCUUUUUAUCAUAUACAUUUAGUUUUCAAGGGUGUCUGCAAAAUUUCCAACAAGAAAGUUGUGUUUCAAAUUAAUCCUGGCAUAUCCCCUAUCGCCACUAAUCCUACGGGCCAGUUUGUGGUCAAAGAUUUGACAAAAUACAAGGAAUGUGCUCCUGUUGCAAUGCUUCAAUCAGCCUUGACAACCAUUCACAAUCAUAAGCCAAGUAAAGAGUCAGUGCAGGAUGCUCUGGUAGCCUUUCCCAAUGACCGAACUGCAAGUAUCAGGCCUGGAGACCAGGAUAAACAUUUCAGGACGAUUUUCACAAAGGUUCCAAGGCAUAACUAUGUGGAUACUGAGUUUACGUAUACUGAUUCUGAAGUACUACAGAAGAAAGCACAUGAAGACUAUUAUAAAAACUACAUUGACUCUUUAAGGAAGGCACGCCUGCAGAAAAAAACAGGGAAGAGGUAAAAAGUGUAUGCAUAUGACGAUCUAGACAUAGGAUUAUAUCCAGCUUCAGGUCUGAAGUCACCCGCACUCUUACAAUCGGAUUUGCAAGUAGUGGUCCCACCUUUAAUACAAAGUGUCAAACCUUACCAAAUGCUGUGUACCAGGAAUAUAGAAACCAAGGAAGCAAAGGCUCUAGAAAGAAAGGUUAUCAAAGCACUUAAAUCGACCCCAUCCACACUUCCUGAAAAACGUGAUUGCAAAUUAAUUUUGACACCAAAGCAAAUUCAUCAAGUAAUCGUUGGGCCCUCUGUCCUUAAUUUUGGUGAUAUUUGUGUGAACUCCAUAAAUACUCAUCGACUGCAUGUUGUUAAUAUGCUACCUAAGUAUAUUUUGCUCCAUUUAGAUGUUAAUUUGAAAGAACUUCAGAAAACCAAACAAUUUUCAUAUGUGAUUCCACCUUCAGCCAGUACUCAUAUUUCAGUUAUAUUCCAUUCUUCCACUGCUGGAAAAUUUUGGAAGUCUUUUACCUUUAGAGUGAACAAUAUACCUGGUGGGCACCUCCUAGUGAGGGCAAAUAUCAUGCCAGUAAGACUUGAGCUAUCUUCCGAUGAGGUAGUGUUAAAACCACAUGGCUUCUUGUUGAAAACAUGUUUUAGGGAGACAGUCACAUUGCAUAAUCAUCAGAAUUAUCUUGUUCGCUUUGAAUGGAUACCAGUAAACACAGAAAGAGGAAUGUCAUUUUCCAUUCGUCCAAGUAAAGGCAUUGUUGUACCAUACUCCUCAUUGGAAUGUGAAGUAACAUGGCUGCCGGGUUUCAGUGUUCCAGACAAGGGAGAAUUUAUUCUUCAAGUUGAUGAAGGAAACACGAUGACACUAAAAUGUGUUGCACAUCGUGGUAUCACCAAGGUCGUGUUUUUGGAGCCAAGGAUACUCUUCAAUAAUAGCCCUCAAGGUUUAACAACUUGCAAGAAAGUCAUUCUUCACAAUGUAGGACCAAACCAUGCCUAUUUCAAGGUUUGCAGUAGGACUCUUAUGUCUAUCAUUAAUAUUGUUCCAUCAGAAGGAAUAAUUCCCUUGGGGGGGAUAACUGUUGUCACUAUCACCUGUACACCUACCUUGGCAGAAAAAUUCGAUGUAAUAGCAAAGGUUGCUAUACGCCAUGCAAGUGACAUAGAACUUAGGAUUGGUGGAACUGCUGACGUUGCUGAUAUUGAAAUCAUACCAGACACAUUUAUCUUUGGCGGCACCUUUCUUGGCGGUACCCAGAUUAUUCCAUUUUUGGUAAAGAACAAAGGCAAAACACGUGCCAGAGUGGAGUUUAAUCUAGAAGGUCAUUUAUAUUUUUCAAUGGUUUUUAAACACAAAACAGGGAAACACAAAGACCCUGCAUUUCCUGACCGGUAUUAUUUAGAGUUAGAGGGAGGGACAUCUAUGGAAUGCGGCAUAUCAUUUACUCCUGGAGAAGUGACAACGUAUGAAUUUGACUUUGACAUUCUAAUUAAUUUCUUUGAAUCUUCAAAACUUUACACUCAAUAUCAUUUGUCAAAAUCUCCUGUGCCUCGGGUCCCUCUUAUUCGACCAUGUCAUGUUCAAGCUACUGUAUUGCAAGCACCAGUGAAUUUAUCUAGAACUCAAUUUAUAUUUGAUAUCCCACCAUAUGCUAUGAGGUAUAAGAAAAGGGUCUCAAAAACUCAGCAUAUUAUCUUACAUAAUUUCUCAAAAAGAAAUGUGGAGUGGUGUUUCGAUAUUACUAAUGCUGAGAAACUUUUCAAAGAUGGCAUAUUCGAGUUUAAUUUAUUAAGUGGGACUCUACUACCAAAUGAAGAGUAUAAAGUUUUCUUAAGGUUUUGUCCAACUCAUGCUGUAAAAUACACAGCUAAUGUACCUGUACGUUUAAAUAACAGUCCAGUUUGCUACCAAAUGUUACAUCUGAUUGGAGAGCUAAAAUUGCCCAAGUUAUCACUUGACCGUGAAUUCAUGUAUUUCAUCCCUGUUCCUUUGGAUGUAGCAAGUGUGAUGGAUGUCAACAUUUUACCUCAGAGUUAUUACAGAGAAUCAAGUAUAAAGGUUGUGAUUCCCCCAGCAAAGCUUCUUGGUAUUGAUGAAAAGGAUCACCCUCUUACUGUGAGUUUUCCAAAAGGCACAGUCAUUGAAGCCUCUCUCGAUGGAAUUAACAGUGAGCUCAUCUGCCGCUUUAGCUUCAAAUCAUCUAAACCUCUGACAAUUGUCACCAAUGUUCUUUUCUGUGAUGACAGAGAUUGCAGGUUUUCACUUCCAGUUAUUGCAACAGCAGAAAACUGCAUUCUUACUACUUACCCAUAUAUGGCAUUUCAUAUUGAUGAGGAAAACAUUACUGUAAGGAAUGUGACUAUGUCAAGCAGCAAGGAUGGACCAGCUUCCGGCAAGAAGGAGAGUGAUAAGGAUCCCAGCCUUGUGAAGACUUCAAAACAUGUUUCGCUUCCCUAUGAAAAAGAUGGAUUAUCUUCUCCUGCUCCAUCUAAAUGUGAGGAGAUUGAUCCUGCAAAGAGAUUCUUCAUCGGAAUAGAAGAAACACCUGGAAAAAUGAACUUGCCCAAAAGUGAAAAGCCGAAGAAGAAAGGAGAUAAAUCAGUGGAAAAGCAGGAGGAAAAUAAGAAAUUCUGUCCUGAUCCAGGAACAAAGGCAUAUGACUUCAUUCAGAAAAUUGUAAAUGCAGUUCAGACCUGGUUCAGCCUCUUCGGCUGGCCUGACGGACCACAUUGUCUUUCUGUUCCAGACAGUAUAAGAAGGGAUGUGAAUAAAGUGCAAGCCUUCGGAUCAAUCUCAUUAGAUCAAAAACAUGCCAAAGCAAAUAGCUUUUUAAGAUACACUAAAACCAUUUAUGAUGUGAUACGCCACUUGAGUGGAGUAAUGCCUGAUGGGAUUAAUCCUAGUCAGUCUUUACCUGUGGAUUACAUUGAAAGGCUCAUUCAGCUUCAUUUGCAACAUUCUUUGGUUCUUGACUUUCUCAGAGCUCGAGGAGCAUAUCUUUCUUAUAUACAGCCAGAAUUUCUGUUUGAACCAGAAGAUUACAAGAAAUGGGUUGAAAUGAGAACUAAAGCCUUGUCAGUAUGUCCCUCUUUACCUAAGGAAAAGCCAUCAUGUUCCUCUUUACUUAAGGAAAAGCGAUAUGUUGUUAUAGAUAUGACUGAGUUUGAAGCCUGGAGUCAACGAGCAUGGACAGAUGUCCUCCUUCAGAUAUACAAGGUUCUGGUAUUAUCCCAGAUUCUACCACAUUCCCCAGAUGAUAUGCCCUCCAUACAUACUAAGAAGUCACCAAAAGUCAAUCCUUGUUUUAUAGACAGCAACGUAUAUUCUGAUUCUGAAAGACUUGUGCUUAGUUGGUUGAACACAAAUUAUGAGAAUGCCCGACAUAUUGUAUGGAGAAAGUGUCCAAAAGAUUGUAUUCCCUCUGAGAGAUGGAUACUAAAUUUUGACAAACACCUUUCAGAUGGCCUUGUUUUUGCCACAGUGUUGGGAGCCUAUUGUCCAUUUCUGGUUGAGCCUUAUUUUAUAAAUAUGUACACACAACCAAAAGGUCCUGAACAGUAUUUUCACAAUUGUGCUAUUGUUGUGGAUAGUCUUCGUGAAAUUGGCUUUAGCGUUGGCAUACAGGCCUGUGACAUCUGUGACUAUAAUCCAAUUCUGAUGCUCAUGCUUUGUGUCUACAUGUAUGAAAGACUCCCUACAUAUCUCCCCAAGAUGUUGGUGACCUUUCAGUGUACUUUACAUGACACUGUGAAGAAAAAGGUUCUAGUGAAAAAUUCAAGCUCGAAAAGAAUAGUGUAUAAUGCUACAAUCAUUGGAAGAGAUGCCGCUGACUUCACCCUCUUCCCCACAGAGAGUACUGUGACAGUUCCUCCAAAAGACACAAUCCAUAUUACUGUGAAAUUCAGCAGUCGCUUCCUCCAUCCUGCCAAAGCUUCACUGAUACUAAUUUCAGCACCUAAUAUGGUAGUGGGAGGCACUACAAUGAUUUUUGCUCUUAAGGGUGAAGUCCGCAAAUUUAAUUCCACGAAAAUGAUAAAAUGCAAAAGCCCAUGUUAUACAUGGAAAGAAAUCACUGUGAACAUUCAAAAUCCUUUCCCUACUGCUGGUGACUUCAUGGCCACUUUGGUGGAAUCCUCAACAUUUAUCUGCUUUACAUCCCAAUUAAAUGCAUCUGGACAGUUUGUUCACUUCAGACUCCACAGUGAUUCUGAGACUGACAGUGAACAGGAUACUGCCCCCAAAACCUUAAAAACCUCAAUUAGGUCCAGUUUCAUCAGAGAGUUCUUCUGCCCAUCACCGACUCUUCACCUGAAAGCAGGACCAAAAGGGACUUCAAGCCUGGAGCUCUUGUUUGUUCCCUUUGACAUGCAGAUACGCUACUGCAUCAUUAUCCUUAGCAACGAAAUGAUUGGAGAAUUAGUAUACAUUGUGGAAGGAGAAGGUAUGGCCCCCUUGCCUUCCAAACUACCUGCAAUGACUUCCCCAAAUUUAUAUGACUACACAUGUUCUCCAGAAGGUAGACUUGAUGAGGACAAUCCAGUUCUGUAUUUGAAAUGCAAACCCUGUCAUACGUUGGAUAUGGACCUUAUAUUGCCACUGACUAACGAAGUCAAGGAAAAGGCAUUGGCUUUUGCAGCACAGCAGCAGAUGUCAGAUGUAGAGUAUCAGCGGAGGUUGCUCACAGGCACUCUGGAGAGCAGUAGCAUCCGCGUGGCUGUCGCCAUCCUGGGGCUGACCAGGGUCGAGACAUGUAUGCUUUUUAAUAUCUCAAAGUUAAAGCAGCCUAAGUCCGUUUUAUAUACAACAGAAGUAAGCCUUCCAGGAUAUUUUUAUGUUCCCAAGGAAAUCCACAUUCCUCAGUAUCCGGAACCUCAAAUGGUUAGAGCAUCAUCCUUAUAUGCUAAGGACUCCAACGUUCCCCUUCCUUUAAAAUUUGCUCCUCUCUGUCCUGGACGCUACCCUUGCAAAAUUUUGUUAACAUCAAGGUAUGAUGUGCGCACCUACUACAUUGAAGGCGUGGUGAGUGAUGAAUGUCCAGAGACCAGAUUUGAUUUCGUAACACCAGCAUUUGAAGCCCUUACCCAGAAUAUUCCAAUAAUUAAUAGAACAAUGAAUAACUGGAGAUGUCACAUGAAUAUAGAAGGAGAAUGUUUUUAUGGACCUCAUAAUUUCUCUGUCAAACAAGGUGAAACAGUACAAUAUCCUCUCACAUUCAAACCUCUUUUGGAAUGUGAGGUUAUGGGUAAACUUACUGUACAAAAUAGAGCUGAUGGUAUGGAGCAUGUCUUUGCCAUGAAAGGGAUUGGUAGAAGACCCGUGGCCUUGGAAAGUAUCACUGCCCACUGUCAGGUGGGGAUCCCAGAAGAUAGAACCAUAAUGGUGCCCAAUGAUACAAAGAACAGAUUAACAUUUAAGGUAUCUUCAAAUGUUCCCAUAGUGUGGGGAAAGCAAAGCAUCACCGUAGAACCUGGUAGUGCAAUUCCAUAUAUUCUACACAUAAGCUCUUGGAAACGUGGUGUAUUCAAAGGUAAACUUUCAUUUUCCAUUGAAAGCAGUCAAGAUGGUGAUUCUGAGAAAGAAUCAGAUGAAAAUCAAGGUCAACAUGAAAUUCAACAUCAGGAUGGAAUAUCUUUUUUUAAGAAAUUGUCAGAAAAAUCCAUCAAGCUUGAUACGGCAGGCUUAGAUGAUGAUGAUGAUAGCACUAUACAAGUCUGGUAUAAUCUUGAGAUCCAUAUCUAUCCUGGGAAACCUGUAAACAUUAUUGAAAUUAAAUGUGUUGCUAUGGAGACCAUUUGUUUUGAAAUACCUCUCCGUAAUGCCAAAGAGACAACUCUUCAAAUAGAAGUGCUGUUAUCAAAUCCUGCCCUUAGUGGAAUCAAGAAAUUUGUGCUGAAUCCAGAAGAAUGUAUCGACUAUGCAUUAUGCUAUACUCCAGCGGCUACAGGCUGUAGAGAGGAAAACAUUAUUUUUCAGCCUGAUAAGGUUCUAGAGUUCUGGUAUAUACUGAAAUUUACUGUCGAACUCCCAAAUCCAACCAAAUUGCCAGAAAUGGUGUGUGACCUUGGAAAGUUUAUCAUUCAGAACUUUCCUUUAACUAAUCCUACACAUGAAACCUUAGAAUUGCAAGUAAGAAACAGUAAUCCUGAUAAUUUCUUCCUGGAUUCUCAGAAAUUACUGCUGACCAUGGCUCCUCGCUCCACGGAAAGGAUACGUGUUCGCUUUUGUCCUUCUGCUCUUGGAAGAACCAGUCAGCAAGCUACUCUUACCUUCUACUGUGCUCAGUUUGAAGAAUGGAAAUUCCUCCUUUCUGGAGUAGGACUAUUUCCCCAGCCUCUAGAAAUAGAAAGAAUCACCACCUACCUUCAUCACAUAGCAUCUCUGGCUAUAAUUUUCAAAAAUCCCACAGAUGAACAUGUUUUAAUCGAUGUCAUACUAACAAAUCGGGAAAUGCCGAAGAAUCUCGCCCUUGGCAUUCAGUGCGAUAGCUUCCUCAUUGAGACUGCUGCCUUCAAGCUUAGUAUGGAUCACUCACACGGAAUUGAAUUGCCUCCUAGAGGGACUGUUCCAAUCACAGUGUGUUUUAUUCCCAAAGUUAUGAAAUUAAGGAAGACAAUGGCCGUUGUUCAAAUGAGGAGGGCAGAUGGAACAAAUUGGCCUAUUGACAAUUUUGAUGAAUUGAGUCCAGAGUUGAAAAGAAUGAUGGUAGUAGACAGUGGAGAAAUCCAAGCAAUACGAUGGAUAUACCCUAUUCUUGGACUCCCACAAGCAAAACAUGAUGAAUUCCCUCCAGCUGUCAUAAAAUGUCAGUCCAGGAAACGGAUAGAAAAGAAUUUGAAAGUCACAGUUACUGGUGAUUUUAUUGGAGAUCAUCCUAUCUUAAAUGUAUCAGAUUUUGUAGUGGUUCCAAAAAAACGUUCAUAUGCAUCUUAUGAAGAUAUCGAUGGAAUACCUAUAAAACGUGAAUUUGAAUAUGAGAUUCUAUAUGAAUCUGACGAAGUAAGAGUUGACUUACAGCCCUGUGUGGCUGUAUAUUUGAUGAAGAGAUCUUACAAUAUCAAGACUCAAGUGAUAACAUUGGACUUCAACGUGAUAUUUUCACCAAAGAAACCAAUGAGGUCUCAAAUUAUACUAAAAAUAGAGUGUAUAACAGAUGGGAUCUGGAACUUUCCCGUAACAUUGAUUGCUACUGAGCCUGAGGUGGAUGAUGUAAUUAAUAUUGAAGGAAAAGGUUUAUUUAAGGAAGCUGUUACUGAAUUCUGGCUGUCCGGUCGGAAAAGAUAUGCUGAUGACUUCGUGGCAUACUUCCUACCUGACAGUGAUCCUGAGUUUUUCGUAAAACCUGAGUCUGGAGAAAUUCCUCCUUUUGACAGUAAUGGGAUUACCCUCCUGGUGGGUUUUAAACCCCAAAUGUAUGGCAGAAAAUAUAAAGCAAGAUUAGUAAUACAGACGGCCGAUAUGUACUAUUUGUAUGCUGUCAAUGGAUUACCCCAAAACACCAAGCCACCAAAGAAUGUCAAACCCAAAAUUGAUGCAACUAACAAGAACUUUGACGACAGGACAGUUACUCAGCACAAUUUUAUCAAAGAAAAUAAUAACAUUGUAAGGACAGGGGCGUCCUCUACCGUCAAGGGAGAGUCUUUGAUUUUGAAGAAUAAAUAA